GGAGGAAGCGUACCGGGCUAUAUCACCUCAACGGUAGUUACGUAGCAUCGCACGUUGCUAGUUAGUUGCAAUGUUGUAGCUAUUAGCACGAUAGCCAUUCCUUCGCUGGGAGGGAUACCCGAUGUUUUUUUCUGAUAAACGUUUAGAUGUCAGUAACUUACAGUUUGGUUAAGAACCAACUGCUGGUCAGCCGAAAUUAACCGACGAAGAAUCGACGAGCUUCUUGUUGUCUUUUUUUUCCUCCUAGCUCGUUAGCCGACCCAGCCUACUACUUAGCUAGCCGCUGCGGGCCACCGUUUAACUUCCUCUGUGUGAAGCAUCUUCUGUCCGGUUGGACGACCAUGGCGAUGAGACAGACGCCCCUCACCUGCUCCGGUCACACCCGGCCUGUGGUGGACCUGGCCUUCAGUGGGAUCACUCCCUACGGCUACUUUCUUAUCAGCGCCUGCAAAGAUGGCAAGCCCAUGUUGCGCCAGGGAGACACAGGGGACUGGAUAGGAACGUUUCUGGGUCACAAAGGCGCUGUCUGGGGAGCCACUCUGAACACAGAUGCCACCAAGGCGGCUACGGCCGCCGCUGACUUCACAGCAAAGGUGUGGGAUGCAGUGAGCGGAGACGAGGUCCUUACAUUGGCCCAUAAACACAUCGUCAAGAGUGUCAGUUUUACUCAGGACAGUAGCUGUCUGCUGACGGCAGGAAACGACAAGCUGCUGCGUAUUUAUGACCUUAGCAACCCUGAAGCAGCUCCUCAGGAGAUUUCAGGCCACAGCUCGGCCAUAAAGAAAGCUCUGUGGUGCAACGAUGAUAAACAGAUCCUCUCUGCUGCUGACGACAAAACCAUCCGACUGUGGGACAGGAGCUCCAUGGAGGAGGUGAAGACGCUGAGCUUUGACACAUCGGUGAGCAGCAUGGAGUACGUCGCUGACGGGGAGAUCCUGGUCAUCACGUACGGAAAGACCAUCGCGUUCUACAACGCUCUGAGCUUGGAACUGAUUAAGACUGUGGAGGCCCCGGCUCCCAUCAACUCGGCCUCCCUCCAUCCAGAGAAGGACUUCUUUGUUGCUGGUGGUGAAGACUUCAAGCUCUACAAGUUUGACUACAGCACAAAGGAAGAACUGGAGUCCUAUAAAGGCCAUUUUGGUCCAGUGCACUGUGUUCGCUUCAGUCCCGACGGGGAGCUGUACGCCAGCGGCUCUGAGGACGGCACGCUGCGACUGUGGCAGACGGCGGUGGGGAAAACCUACGGCCUGUGGAAAUGUGUUCUUCCUGAGGACCUGGGGACAGAGAACUCUGAGCAGUUGUACACCUCCACCCCCGAGAUCAAAGCUUGAGGAGAAGGCGGCGCUCCGAGGAAACCAGAUGGGAAAAAACAUGGAUGGAGGGAUGUUCCAUUGUGUUCUGUCCGACCACAGCAAGGAGCAGCGUCCAGAGCAUCUCCAUCCAUCAGGAACUCAUGUUAUUAUAAUGGCCACACACACACACCUUUCUUUUCUUUUAAACGCUCAUCAGGGGACAGUUUGUGCUGCAGAAUAAGCAGUAGAGCUUUGAGUGUGGCUCAUCGCUGCCUGCUUUCUCUCUGAUCAGCCGGUUCUGAUGGCUUGAACUUGUUUUAACCCCAAAGCUCCUGAUGCACAGCUCAGAUUUGGUUUCAGUAUGAAGGUUUUAAUGAGCUGGACCGAGGCCGUUGUUUUCAGUUCAUAGUUAAAGGAAAACUGCAGGUUGUAGCCCGAGUUAAGAUGCUUUCAUUUCUUCUAACACGGUGUCUUUGAGUAUUUUCUGCUGUUGUACUGGUUCAGUCUGUAAAGCGUCCAAAUAAAGGAAAUAUUGUUUAGUGACAAAGUGGAAAAGGAAAGAAACGUCACUGGGUUUUCCGUUUUGAGUUGUCCUCAUUUGUGUCCAGUGGUGAAAUAAACUGAUGCAUUACGCUUUUAUUUGGAAGUAAUGCACAAAGC